AUGACCAACAAUCGACCAGUCUUCGGCGGGAUGUUCGACAUGAUGCGUCGUAAUGCGCCUUCGCAGCAGCAGGCUCCAGGAGAAGGGAAUGUCGGACAAGGACCAGGUCAAGGUCAGCCUCAGCAAGCUGGUGUAGGGAGAGGUGUAGGUCAGGGACCGAAUCAAGCUCGUGGUGGACCUGGACAGCCUGCACCUCCAAUAUUGACUAGACCAAGAGCCCCGGCAUUGUUACCUUUGAAACGAGACGGGUUCGAGGACAAUGUAGGAGGAGCACCUUCAGGACAGGAUAGUAUCACUUUGGGUCAGCUGAAGGCUCAUACAGCUGCUAUGGAGAGGAAACAGAAGACCCAAUUAUUCGAUUACCGAUAUGAUGAUACAGAUACUUUGAUGAAUGAGUUACAAGAGUUUUAUCCUUAUGUGGAAAUGGCACAUAUAGCAAAGCAGCCGGAGAAGUUCAAGGGGUCUUUCGAUGGCGAUUGGACCGAAGCUCCUCUGAAGAAGCGCAAAGAGUAUAUCGAGCUGCAACUGGAGUACCUGGAGAGUCCGGUCCAUGAUACAAGGCGAGCUGCUCAAGGUAGACUAUUGUAUCUCUUGCAAGGUACUUUCGCUGAGACAACCUCGCCGGAAAUGCAACUUCACUGGGUGAUAGAGAAUGCGAAAGCGAUUAGAGCUGUUGAUGGUGUGUCUACUAUAGUGGUUGGACUGGCAGAUGCCGCUAGAAAGUAUACCGCUUCAGCAGACGACAAACCCCAAUCGUCAAGUGCGCCUCCUGGGACUGUACCAGCUCAGGUAGACCCAUACGACGAUCGAAGUGCGGAACUCAUGGAUCUGCUUGGGAUGCUGUAUUUCAUAGUAGAAGUCUUCAGGACGGACGAGGCUUUUGGCGACGAGCUAAUGGCUAUGUCUCCACCUUUGCCACUUGUACUAUUCCAAAUGGUUGCCUCACUGAAAGACAGGCUACCAAAAGGUUAUCCGGUCAAGAAGGUUUUGUUGUUGCUCUGGAAGACCUUAUUAGCAUGUCUGGGAGGCAUGAAGGAAGUCAGUAAAGCUAGAGCAUUGAGUAGGGAACUGGCUGGAUUGCCAGUCGAAAACAAAAACUUCACCAAAGCUACACCUGUAGACAUAUCAACUUGGCGACGUGAUACAGCUGUCAAGUAUCCCACAUUCGCUCCGCCCCCAUCGGUAGUCGCAGGAGUAUCGAACGACAAGCUUGCUGAAGGGAUAAAACCCAUCCCUGCUCGACCAAAUUACCAUUCCACCGAAAUUCCUAUAUCCCAACCACGUCAGCAGUUCAAUUGCGCACCAGCUACCUCUGCGCCGUUACCAGGUACACCAGCACCGUCGCCACCGCCAUCACCCAAACCAAAAAAACAACAAUAUCAGACUGAUCCUACUCGUCCCUUUGUAUUUCCUUACUCACGUGCAUCAGCGAUAGCCCCUUCGAGCUUGGUUCCAUUUGCGAUAUCAGAAGCUGAUAAACUGUAUCAUCGACAUGAGUAUAUAUCAUUAGGAUUAUAUCAAUUAUGGCAGACGAGAGAAGAAUGUAUGCGUGAGGAAAGGGGUUUGGGCAAGAGCGGUUUGAUAGGAUUCACUACUUCCAAAUGGGAUGAAGAUGAGGAUGAAGAAAGUGAAGAAGCUAUGAGAAGAGAAUGGAAAUAUGAAGAAGAGGAAAUGGACGCUAUCAAUCAAGGAAAUAAGGAACGUGCCAAAUUGGCGAGAGAGAAGACAGCUGCUGCCAGGAGAUUGCAUCGUGUUGAGAUUAUAUAUAAAAACACGUUACCUAUACAGCAGAGUUGUGUGAUCGUGCUUCUGAAAUUGUUACUGGCAACAGUGACUAGUCCCGGGGCCACAGGUGUAAAUCUAGCGACGGGAAUGCCACAAGGUGUCACUUCGCCUACUCAAGAAGUACCUCCCGCCGAAGAGAAUGUCCCUCCUCCAACUAAAGAGGAAAUAGAUAUCGCUCGACAUCGCGAAAUCACCUCCAAAGCCGUUUCAGCAAUUCUCCUUCUGCUCUUGAAGUGGUUCAAGGCUUCUCAUAUCCUCAAAUUCCAUUACUUCGCUCAACUGCUUUUCGAUUCAAAUUGCGCUUUAUUGGUUUUGAAGAUGUUUGGCUUAACGGAUUUGAUGAAUAUUGUACAGACUAAAAAUGAAGUGGAGGAUUCGAACUUCUUCCGAUAUUGUCAUCUAAACUGCUCGAAAUCGCCUCCUUCCCCAGAGGACGACCUACUUUUACGCCAACCUACCAAGCAAUCACCACCGCUGGCCUCAAAUGCAGAUACUCUACCAAGCAAUGUUCCCGGAGCAGCUGAAGCAGAGGUCGAACUGAUCAGUGACUAUUCAUGGAGAAAUUUCUUCUCUACUAUCAAUUUCUUGAAAAUAUUGCAAAAAAUCACGAAACAUAGGUCUCACAGGACAUACAUGUUGACCACUUACAAAAGUUCUCAAAUCCUGAAACGAAUGUUGAAAGUGAAUCACCCGAUGUUGCAAUUGCAGAUACUGAAAUUGAUCAAGAGUCAAAUGCCUUGGUGUGGCCGAAAAUGGAGACAGACGAACAUGAAAGUUAUAACGUCUAUCUACCUGAACUGUCGACCUGAAUUGCGGGAUGAUUGGCUAGCUGGUACUGAUCAGGACAACGAACUGGAAGAUGCUUUGCCUCAAGAGUACGCUUUACGAUCCUUAAUCCAGUUUUACAACAAACGACAUUACUCUGCACACCUAGCUUCCCUGCCAUCACCUGAACCCUCCCACAAACGAUCCAAUUCUACAUCGGCUGUCACUUUGGAAGAUCCAGCAUUGCAUCAUGCACAUGGUCAUGUACCUCACGGAGCACCUCAUCCAAGAACAGCCUCAACUGGAGAAUCCGACGUCUUCCCUCCGAGAAAGAGUCUUACCAAUACAGGAGCGGCAUUACCAUACAAUCCAGAUGGUAUGAUUGAAUUCUGGCUACACGAGUAUGAAGAUGUCCUUGGGGAAGUGUUUGGUGGAGAUAUCAUGGAACAUUCUAAUGAAGUUUGGGAUGAAUUCGGUCUAUCCCAUCCCACCAAUCUGAACCUUCGUUCGGAAAGUAAUCCGAAUGAUAAUGAUGAUGGAGUAAUUAUUGGACCUCAUGCAGCGGACAGAGACGAUAGAGCAUGGAACAGGUUGACCGAAAUAAUGCGUUCAGGUGCUGGUACUGGGGAUAGACAAGAUGAAGAAAUUAGUGAUUCCGAGAGUGCAGUUAGUGUAGGUGAAUUAGGUGAAGAUGCUAGAUUGGGUGGAGCAACUUUCGAUAUUGAUAUUGGUAAAAACCCAGACCAAGAUCAAGAUCAGGAUGAAGAUCAAAAGCAGCAAGAAGCAGAAGAUGAAGAGAGAGAAAGGGAUAAAGAAAGGAAUCUUUCGAUAGGUGGUCCAGGAGGUAGAGUACGAAGGAAAUCAGGUGCAGGUGAAAAUACUUGGGAGCAUAUGUCACCUACUUUAGCUUUAUUACCUCGUUCUCCCGCCGAGAGAAGACGCUCGUCCUCCGGAGGAGGUGGAUCACCCCUUCGUCCGGUCAUACCUGGUAAACCCCACGAGGUGAUUUUGGGUUUGGGGGAAGAUGUAUUUGAUGAUGAAGAUGAGAUUGAUACGCGUGGCCCAAUGCCUAUUAGGUCUAACACGAGGGAUUUGGAAGAGAGAGAGGGAGGUGCCGUUGAUGAAGUGGAAUAUACCUACGGGGAGUGA